AUGACGGUCGGGAUAGCAGAGCAGCAGCAGCGGCGGCAGCAGCAGCAGACGAAUGGCAGCUCCAGCACCAGCCUCAACCUGCUUCCACCAAUCGACCUGGUCUCGACGCCCCGCCUCAGCUCCGACUCGUUGCUGGUGGAGUUCGAGGAGAACCUUGAAACCGCGACCAUCAAGACUGCGCACAAGGCCGUUGCCGCCGUGGCCAUGCCGUCGCCCACACGCCCAUCAUCGCAGCGGUCCACGGGCCCCGCGUCUCCGCGUCAGGUGCCACCAUCUUCGUCGUCGCUGCCCCCACACAAGAGGACUCUGAGCGAGGACUCGACCCACUCCUCGUCCGUACAAGAGGCCCGUCGCGGAUCGAGGACCAUCCCGCCACCCACGCCUCCGCCCUCGUUUGCGCUCCCGCCUACCCCCUCGAUGUCGAGCCCCCUCAUCAACAGCAACGGCCAGAAGGCAUCUCUCGAUCCCGCUGCCGUCGCCGCCGGCGCCGCGACCUCCUCUUCUGCGUCGUCCCCUUCGACGAGGGCGGGUGCGACCUCACCCGUCGUCGGUCUGGGCCUGGGCGUGCACGGUAUCCGUUCGUCUCCUCUGGCGGAAAAGUCGGUCCACCCGCCUCCCAAGUUUACGGGCGAGUGGAGCCAGCGUCGACGCCACCAGCGCUCCUACACCCGCCUUUCGACGUUUACCGAGCGCGACGAGGCCAACGAGGCCAGCCCGCCCUCGACGCCCGGAUCGCCCACCUCGUCCAGCGACGACCCCAGCGACUCGUCCAACCCGCACACCGACCGCUGGUCCGCCUCUUCGGCACGAUCCGUGUCAUCGAUGCACAGCAAGGAAGCCAUCGAGCACCUCGCCGCCGGCGGGGACAAGGACAAGGGCAAGGCCAUCGACGCAUCCCGCUCUCGCAGCGGCAGCGAAUCAUCCGUCGUUGCUCCUGCAGCGGCUGCGACUGCGACUGCUGUCCCGUCGUUGCCCUCUUCUUCGGAGAGAGCCUCGACGUCUUCAUCGACGCUACUCGGCCACGGCAUCACCGAGGGUCAGGGCGAGAGGCUCUCGCAGCCGCUGCAGGACGGCGCAAGUCGACCGCGGGAAACCUCGUCGGCCUCGUCGACGCCGCGUCGUCAGCCGCACCUUGCUUCCAAGAUUAGCUCGCCGCUGGCCGCCGCCAUCCCGCUACCAUCUUCACCCACGCCGUCCCAGACGCGCCUGCGCAACCUCUCCGGCACCCGCAGCGGAGCCCGAGACCGCGCCAUCGAGACGCUCCUCAUCUCUGGCCGGCUCGGCGACGCGUCUCAGACCCUCUACGGCCAGACUGGCUCUCCCAUCCGCACCGCCGCCGACCUGUCGCGCCAGGGUUCCGCCGCAUCGAGCCGGUCGUCGCCGCGUGCUGCGUCUGACCCGGGCGUCUCCACCGCUGCUGCCGCUAGCGAUGCCAACGCCAAGUCGAGCCGUCCCAGCAGCCCCAGGUCGGUUGGCCCCAAGGCCGCCACUCUGGCCGAGGCCAUCCGGGUGCUGGCCUACCUGCCCCACAGCGAGGCUUCAUCAGAAGACGUCCGCGAAGCCGGCGACGACCGCAGCCGCGACGAGGAGCACGCGCUGCGCUAUGCGCUCCGCUUCGCCCUCGAGGCCGCCGACCGCACCGCCCGGCUGCUGGCCCGCUCGCAAAAGGAAAAGGAGCACCUCGAGCGUCACUACCGCACGCUCCAGUCCAACCUGCUCCUCACCGAGGCCCAGCUGAGCCUGCUGCAGGAGGAGGCCUCGCUUGUUCGCAGCAGCGCCAACAGGUCGCCGAAUGCUGGCCGCGUGCAGCGAAAGCCCGUGGCCCCGCUCUCUGCGCAGCCGCGCUCGUCGACCAGCAGCCCCCGAUCGGCCAGCACCUCGGUGACGGUCCUGCCUGCCGUGCCUCCGAAGGACGCCGAUAGCGUUGAUGCCGAGUCCGACGCCAAGGCCGACUCCGAGGCGAUUGCUCCCGAAGCGGAAGCCACCUCUCCCACCAGCCCCGCUAUUGCCCCCGCCGUCGCAUCUGCCUCCGUCUCCGCCGCUACUGCUGCCUCGCCGCGCCUGGCAGGCGGAGUCAGCAUCGCAAGCCUUCGUCGACUGCGUCAGCAGCAGCAGCAAGAGGAGAAGCCCGUAGACCAACGCUACUCGCCCCGCCAGGCGGCGGCGUCGGUUUCCGAAGAACCUGAGCAGGACGACGAGCCGGAUUCGGACGACGAGCGGCUCGGCAUUGUCCGCCGUCCGCCGCCCAAGGAGGUCUCGCUGGCCGACUUCCUCGACGCCUCGCGCAUGUCGCGCGACGAGAUCACGCAGCUCUCGCACCGCGCUGCGCUCGAGGCCGUCCCGUUCGAGGGCAAAGGAGGGCGUAUGGCCAACGAUGCUGCGACGGCGACGACGUCGCACCACCAGAGCGAGCUCAAGAAGAAGACGAGCAAGUUCCUCCGAAGCCUCAGCUCUAUGAACCGCAAGGGUGCCAGCGGAGGCUCGCUCGGUCGGUCCAGCCGAUCGGCGGCGGCAGGAGCGGCUGGAUUCGGCGGCGCGGCGGACGUCAAUGCGGUCGAGGCGAGCACGUCGUCCGGCGCCGCGGAUGGCUUCGGCACCUUCCCGCGCGUCUCGCGCAGCUCGUCGGUGACCGAGCCGCACCACUCUAGUCCCGGCGCUCGCCGCGCGCGCCUCGAGAGCGUCCCUGAUUCGGUGCGCGACUCGAUCCUGGACGCCAUCGAGGACGACGACGUUGAUGCAGGCGAUGCUCCGGCGUCGAGGUCCAGCCGCCGUUUGACGAUGCAGCCUCGAUCCGCCGCACCGCGGGAGCGAAGCGCAAUCGCAACGACGCAGGGCAUGAGAGUGAGCCUCUACUCGUUUCUCGAAGAGGGUCCGGACAGGGCGCACGGUUCCGUCGACCAGAGCCGCGUAGCGUCGACUCCGGCCAACUCGAUGCCCCACGACGCUGCGGCGCGAGGCCUGCGCGAGGACCGCGUGUGGCUCAGUGACCUCGCCGUGUGA